UCAAAUCAGCGUGUUGAUUUUGAGGUUAUAAAGUUCUAAAUAACUACGAAACUUUGUUUUUCUUCUUUUUGUUUAAUAAAAAAGCAAUAAAAUGGUGAAAAAGAAAAUAGACAACCGUAUUAGGGUUAUGAUAGAGAAUGGCGUUAAAAUGGGACAUCGUACUAUGAUUUUAUUGGUUGGCGACAAAGGUAGAGACCAAGUACCGAUUUUGUAUGACAUGCUAGUAAAGUCAACUGUAAAAGCGCGACCAACAGUUCUGUGGUGCUACAAGAAUAAGGAUGAAGCGAUCAGCAAUCAUGGACGUAAAAGAGCAAAGAAAAUAGCAGCAGGCAAGCUGGAAGUGUCGGAAGAGUCUCUGUUUGAUGCAUUCAGAGUAGCAACAACAAUACAUGGCCGGUACUACUCUGAGAGCCAUGCAAUGCUGGGACAGACGUAUGGAGUGUGUGUACUACAGGACUUUGAAGCCCUCACCCCCAAUUUGAUGGCACGCACCAUAGAGACCGUCGAGGGUGGAGGUCUCAUCAUCUUCCUGCUGAAGACCAUGGACUCUUUGAGACAGCUCCACUCCAUCACCAUGGAUGUGCAUGCCAGAUUCAAAACAGAAGCGCACGGCACGGUGGUGAACCGUUUCAACGAGAGAUUCCUGCUGUCGCUGGCAGACAACCCCCGCUGCCUGGUGCUUGAUGACUCGCUUACCGUGCUGCCGAUAUCCUCCAAGACUGCUCAAGUAGCUCCGGUGGACAAUGUGCCCGAGAAAGUGAACGCGAAGCUAACAGAACUAGUGUCUUCUCUGUCGGACUCGCCGCCCGCGGGCCCGCUGGUGGCUCUCUGUCGCACUUACGACCAGGCCACCGCACUCGUCGCACUCAUCAACACGCUCGCUGACAAACAGUCCAGGCCUCCGCACUGCCUCACAGCAGCCCGAGGCCGAGGCAAGUCAGCCUGCCUCGGCCUCGCCGUCGCUGCCUCCAUCGCCCUCGGUUACGUCAAUGUCUACGUCACAUCCCCCCACCCUGAGAACUUAAUAACCCUCUUCGAGUUCGUCCUGAAAGGCUUGGAUGCCUGUCUGUAUCAGGAACAUAUAGAUUAUAACAUCGUCAGGUCAACGAACCCGGAGUUCAAGAAGGCGAUUGUGAGGGUCAAUAUUGCUAGGAACUCCAGACAGACUGUUCAGUACAUCACCCCGGAUGACCAUUCGUUACUAGCAGCAGCGGACUUGGUGCUCGUGGACGAGGCGGCGGCCAUACCACUGACGCAUGUCUCCGCUUGCGUGCAGAAGGCGCCUUUAGCCAUCCUGUCUUCCACUGUCUCAGGUUACGAAGGCACGGGUCGCGCUUUAAGCUUAAAGCUUUUCGCGCAGUUGCAAACUGAACACAAAGCACCGCCGCAGAUAAAACUAGAAGAGCCCAUCCGCUACCGCUCCGGAGACCCCGUAGAAGCAUGGCUCAACUCCCUGCUGUGUCUGGAGGCGCCGCCCCCGUCGGUGGGCGUGGGUGCUCCGCCCCCGGCCUCCUGCGAGCUUUACAGAGUCAACAGAGACGCCCUGUUCUGCUACCAUAAGGCUGCUGAGGCGUUUUUGCAUCGGCUGGUUUCUAUAUAUGUGGCUAGUCAUUACAAGAACAGCCCGAACGACUUGCAACUGCUAGCGGACGCGCCUGCGCACUGCCUGUUCGUGCUACUGGCUCCCACUCCACCCAACUCCACCGCCAUGCCUGAGGUGUUGUGCGUGCUGCAGACUUGUCUCGAAGGCGACAUCUCUGACAAAUCAGUCCGCGACGCGCUAGGCCGCGGUCGCAAGGCGGCGGGCGACCUGAUCCCGUGGAACAUUUGCGAGCAAUUCGGAGACAAGGACUUCCCCAAACUAUCUGGAGCCAGGGUCGUUCGGAUAGCCACGCAUCCUUCUUAUCAGAGGAUGGGGUACGGCAAGCGCGCGUUACAGCAACUAGCGUCAUACUACAGUGGAGACAUUCCCUGCCUGGACGAGUCGCCGUCUGACGACGAAGAUGCGCAAGAAACGCGAUCUAACUCGCUACAAACCGAGACUAUAGUGCCUAGAUCGAAACCUCCAACCCUUCUGAAGCGCCUAACGGAGGUGCGGGCGGAAAACUUGGACUAUCUAGGCACCAGCUUCGGCCUCACUCAAGACUUGCUUAAGUUCUGGAAGUCACAGAAAUACGUUCCAGUAUAUCUCAGCCAAAAAGCAAACGACCUCACAGGCGAGCAUUCGUGCAUAAUGUUACGUGCGUUGCACGAAUGUUCGUGGCUGCGCGACUACAGCGCGGACUUCCGCCGCCGUCUGUCGCGUCUGUUGGCGAGAACACUGCGCUCUCUGCCCGCCCCGUUGGCGUUAGCUACACUAGUCAAUGACAACGUGCAGAUAGAUAAACCAGUGUUGUCAAAGGAGCUGAUCUCUCAACACCUCUCUGGCCACGAUCUCGGCCGCGUGGAGGCGUACUGCCGCCAGCAAGCGGACUACCGCCUCAUCACCGACCUGCUCACCCCGCUAGCGACGCUCAUCUUCCAUGCACGCACCACUGCCAAGCUGGAUGCUGUGCAACAGGUCAUAUUCAUAGCGAUGGGCUUCCAAAUGAAGGAUGUAGAUGAUAUCGCGACAGAGUUAGGACUCCCUGGCUCACAGGUUCUGGCCAAAUUCUACGAAGCUUGCAAAAAGAUUAACGCUACUUUGAACGCGGUGUUAGAAGACACGGUGGCGAAGGAAAUAGGCAUCAAUGACAUGACUUCGGAAGCGACCGAAGCGACCGAUGGCAAAGUAAAGCAGAGUCUGCAAGAAGAAUUGUCUAAAGCAGCUAAGGAGUUGGAACGCAAGCAACGCAAGGAGCUAUCCAAACUGAUGGGCGAGGACCUGGCCCAGUACCGUAUCAAGGGCAGCGACCUCGACUGGAACCAGGCGCUCACCGCCUCGAAGCAGAAACACCUAGUCUCCGUCAAGAGCGGUGAGAAGAGACUUGGCGAUGACAGCAAGGAAAUCGACGACCUCAUCGAGUCUCACUCCAAAAACAAAAAGAAGAAGAAGAAACAUCAGAGAAAUCAAUCCUAGUUGUUAGAAUAUACAUGGUUCAA